AAGAAGGCAACACAUAAAUUCAAAUCAACAUAUGUACAUUAUUACCACAAAUGCAACACAGAAAUUAAGGGAAAGCUGAACAACCUGCAUUCAUGUGGAGCUUCUAUGGGCAAAGAAAACGACUCGAGAUGAGCGACGCAUGCGAACGGGAGCAGCGCAGCGAAAAGUGCGCCUCGCCGAAAACUGCAUCAGCUACGGCGUCGAUGACGUUGGCGUCAACAGCCUUGGAAUCGCAGUCACACAACACAGCAGGACAACAGCAGCAGCAAGAAAUAUCAUCCAUGGCCAGUGGCAGUACACCAUCAUCAACAGCGCCAGCUGCUGGACGACAACAACAGCAGCAACUGCUGCGUCCCAACGAGAGCGACAUGCGAGAGCUGCGCGAGAUUAUACACUUGCUGUGGGGCGACAGUGUGCGCGAAGAUGUAUUCAAGCGUUGGUCUCAAGGCUUUGAGUUUAGUGAUGUGGAGCCCUCGGCUUUGGUGCAAAAACAGGGCGGUCCUUGUGCUGUGAUAGCGCCCGUGCAGGCGUACUUGCUUAAGAUAAUUAUCAUGGAAAUGCCAGGCAUACAAUUAACAAAGCUACCCAGUGACAAAUGCCAGAGUUUGCUCAUCGAAGCUUUGUGCAACAUAUUGAAGAACUGCCGAGCGCCGCGUUAUAAAAUUGUCACACUGCAACGGCGAUCAACCAAAGAGCGUCGCCUGACGCCGCCCACUGAUGCAAUUGAAGCGGCUGUUGAGGCGGAGGAGACAAUUGGAAUUGAUGCGGCUGGUAAAGCCGCUCCUGCUGCUACUGUCGCUACCAAAAACGAUGCAGCAUUGGUCACCACACGCUUGAAUUUGGAACUGACACCAGAUCAAUUUCAUGAGCGCCUGCAUACGCUCCACUUUGAGCACAUUGCCGAGGUGGCUCGCUACUAUGUGGAAAACUAUAGUCAGCUAUCGAAUACGUACGGUGUGCUGUUGUUUAUGUAUUCGGUAUUCCUAACCAAGGGCACCGAACAGGUGACAUCUGAUAUAUCGGACACAUCGGAGCCGCUGAUACACAGCACAUAUGGCUAUGGGGCACAAUCGUUGAUCAAUCUGAUGCUAACUGGACGCGCCGUUGCCCAUGUCUGGGACAAUGAGCAGGAUGUGGGCGGUCUAAAGCUGCGCGGCAUUUGUGAGCAGAGCGAUAUUGGAUUCAUAACACUAAUGGAGCAGAUGCGCUACUGUACAGUGGGCUCGUUUUUUAAGAAUCCACGCUACCCAGUUUGGGUAAUGGGCUCUGACACGCAUUUAACUGUUUUGUUUAGCAAUGAAAAGAGGCUCGUCUCGCCGGAGACACCAUCGGAGACGGGACGUCGGGUCUUCAAGUCUUACGAUCCGGAGGGCAACAAUUUCAUAUCGAGCACCUUGCUCCGUGAUGUGCUAGCCGCAUUGAAUCUGGUCAGCGAGCCGGGAUAUGUUAGUCUCAUGCAAAAGCGUUUGGAUCCAGAGAAUCUCGGCAUCAUACUUUUGAAUGCCUUCAUGGAUGAAUUCUUUCCGCUGGAGCGCCGCUCAACGCCGGACACGUUCGAGCUGCUGCACUACAAUGGCAUACCCGGCUCUAACGAUAACAACAAGGUGCGCUACUACUGUGGCUCGGCCAUUUUGCUGGAGGGCGAUCUCAAGUCGAUUUGCACCUCAAAUCCGAUGGUCACCUGCCUGCAGACCAAGUGGCCCAACAUUGAGAUCAAUUGGCAUGAUGCACACAUGCCCUCAUUGAAUUGACGUCCUUAUUGAAGAGAUGAAAGAUGUUAAAACGACGGCAAAGGCAACUACAACAAAAUAACAACAACAACAAACACAAAACAACAACAACUAGAGAGCAAAAGUAGCAGCAAAAACAAAAAACAAAAAAACAUAAAAAAAAAAAAACAAAAUGAUGCCAUGCACAUCUUUAUUUCAAACACCUUUCAAUUGUUUAUUGCUAAUUUAUUGAAAAACGUUUAAAAAACAACCAAAAAAAAUGCAAACAAACAAAUAUGAAAAAAAUGCAACAUAAAAAUGAAGAGAGAAGAAAACUAACACAGCUCACACACACGACUACACUUGAUUACACACAACACACAAACACACACACACAACCACGACAGGUAGACACUUACGUGCAUAAAGGGUAUGCAGCAAUUUUAAUUUUGCAACAAUAAUGAUCUAAACAUGAGCGCAUCAUUAUGCAUGAAAACAUAUUGAAAUGUAAUUAUUGUUUGCCAUUGUAAUUAUAAGACCCAGGAAAUUAUUAUACAUAUUAUAACCCAAUAAGACACAGCCCGAAAAUGAAAUAACUGCAAAAUUAGCGAAGAAAACACACUCUCUCACACACCCACACAGACACAUGCACCCAUACACACACUCACACACAUUAAGAACAAAA